GUGAGUCGCAUCAAGAUCCAGCUGAAGGCCCACACCGAGCAGGGUGAUUGGAUAUGCCUGUGUCCAGGCAAGCCAGGCAACACUGGCGUGUUCCUUGACAUGAACCUAUGUCAUGGAUCCCCUCCUCUCUGGUGGUGCGAAGUGGAUCCGAGAACGAUUGGUGAGUAUCACUACAUCUGGAGGAAGUCAGAUGGUUCAACUCUGCAGGAGAAGGAGGCUCGCACGCUGGAUGCGAUUCUUCCGCACUCCCUGGGAGUGGACGACGGCUGGUUCAGAGAGCCGGUUUGCGACCGGCACACCACAGCAGACAGUGGCGGAAUCUGGAACAUGUUUUCGUCCUUACUGGGUACUAGCCAGAAAGACUUGGAGAAUAAGCUCAACGAGAGGAUACAUCUGAAAGUGACACCGCUGGAGACAAGUUUACGCCGCCUUUCUAUGCAGUGCUCUGCGCAGGCAGAGAGAAUAAGCACAUUGGAGACGAGGCUGCAAGAUGCGACAGAAGAGCUGCAGGUAAUGAUGGAGUCACGCCUAACAUCUCAGCAGAACCGAUCAGAUCGAGAAUUGCGAGAUGUAAAGCGCAGCCUUGACUCCGUGCUUGUCCCGGACGAGAUGCUGUCGAAGUUCAGUGCUGGCUUGAAGCAGGAUCUUGACGUGGAAGUGUCACGGCUGAGGUCACACCUGGCGACUUUGGAAGCACACCUCGCGGAUGUGAUGCCAACCUGGACAUUUUCUGGCUCAGACGCCGGCAGGGAAGAUAUCGGCAAGGACAUCCCAUCUCUUGAGCGUAGCGAGACUGGGGGCCCAGCGUGCGACUCUUCGAGGCUUGCUGCUGUGUGCACCAUCGACCAUUCCGACGACAGUUUGGGCGAGACCAGCAUGCUUCAUGUUGAACCUUCUGUGGACAUUCCUGCCACUUCCGGCGAGUCUUCUGUGGACCGGACAAGGCGGAGUUCUGCUGGAGCUGGGCCGACGACUGCCUCUCGAGAUCCGCUGGCUUCGGCGACGCUGGGCUCGUCAACGCAUGCUGACAGUGGGAACAGGCCGGUGUUGGCCACCACCAGAACGCCACUGCUGGACAGCAAUGGCGCGAUCUUCAGCAAGCCGCCUCAUCCGGCCGAUCCGGAGUCCAGGAGGAUCACCCUUGAGCUGGAGAAGGAGCUCGUGGCCUCAAGAAGCAAGCCGCCAGAAGAGAAGAGGAAGUUCUUGAAAUCCCUCUAUCUGAGGGUGCACCCCGACAAGGGUGCUCCAGCAUCGGCAAUGGAAUGGUUAACUGCGUGGCAAGAGAUCCACCAGGAGUGGUACAUGACCGACCUACAGUUCAAUGGGUGA